AUGACCAACGCGUCUUCAAUCCAAGACUUGGCAGACAAGAUUCCUAUUUUGCGCUCAGAUGAUACUUUCAAGCAGUAUGUUGAUGAGUCAGCUUCAGUUAGGGGUCUGAAGCUUGACCCGAAUAUGCUAAAGGAAAACCCUGAGGCAUUAGCCAACUUGACCAAGAACAACGAGAACUACCUCAAUAAACUCACUUACCAGUUUCUUGAGACCGAGUCCAAACAGAUUUUUCUUGGGUUUCUGAACGAGGGACACAAGUUGACUGCAGAAGAAAUGGACACAACCAACCAGAUGAUCGCCGAAUCUAAACAGAAGUACGAAGAGAUGGAGGCAAAUAUAGCGAAACUCCGCACAGAGAUUCAUGUGGGAAGCAGGAAAGUGCUUAAAUCACUUGCCGAAGUCAAUCGGCUCAAUAAAAGUAUCAACGAGCUUAACAACACUAACGACAAUCUGCAACAAGAGGUCGAUGAUCUAGAGAAAAACACCACAGUCAACAUUGGUUCUCGCCAAUUCCACUCAUACGAGCAGCUGGAGCAGCUUGAAAGUCAGACAUUAGAGGAAAGUGCACAGUUGCAAGAGGAACUGGAGCAAUUGAAGCUUUUCAGGGAAAACAGAAGCGAGCAUUUGAAGCAGCUGGAAAAUGAUUUACAAAAUACCAAAGAUUCUGUUAGGAGAAAUAGGGCAAUCCUAUCACAGUCUGUCGAAAAACGCCAACAAGUUGAGGUGGAUCCUAAUCUAGAUAGGAACUACAAGCACAUGGUACAACUUAUCGAAAUAUGGAAAUCAUUCGCCAAUAACUGA